CAACACUUGGACAAUCUUUCCCUCUCUCUAUACAUCUCAUGGUCUCACUAUGUUUGUUCUAUAAAUACAAGCCUUCUAACUCAUAAAAUAACCAUAACCCUAACUCUACAAAGUUCUUCUGAUUCUUUAUCUCUCUCUUUCUUUCAAGAGCGGUUUUCAAUCCAUUCGCUAAAGAUCAUGAACCUUGAAGAGAAACCAACCAUGGCAGCUUCAAGGGCUUCCCCUCAAACCGAACAUCUCUACUACGUCCGGUGUAGCAUCUGCAACACCAUCCUCGCGGUUGGGAUACCAUUGAAGAGAAUGCUUGACACUGUGACAGUGAAAUGCGGACAUUGCGGUAACCUCUCGUUUCUGACCACAACUCCUCCUCUCCAAGGCCAUGUCAGCCUCACCCUUCAGAUGCAGAGCUUUGGUGGGAGUGAGUAUAAGAAGGGAAGCUCUUCUUCUUCCUCUUCCUCUACCUCCAGCGACCAGCCACCAUCCCCCACACCACCCUUUGUCGUUAAACCUCCUGAGAAGAAGCAGAGACUUCCAUCUGCAUACAACCGCUUCAUGAGGGAUGAGAUCCAACGAAUCAAAAGUGCUAAUCCGGAAAUACCACACCGUGAAGCUUUCAGUGCUGCUGCCAAAAAUUGGGCUAAGUACAUACCCAACUCUCCUACUUCCAUUACUUCCGGAGGCCACAACAUGAUCCAUGGCUUGGGGUUCGGUGAGAAGAAGUGAAAAAAAAAAUCUCAGGGGAAAAGAAGCCAAAAAUAACAAACGCAUGCACGUGUGCGAGUGGCUGCGUCGUUUUUCUCAUCUUGUGUUGUUCAUGUAAUUUUCCUUAUGUAUGUCAUGUUGCAGAAAAUGAUGUUGCCUUAGUUUCUAUGACUUUAUAUUUCUGUCUGUCUUUAGAUUUGAAAGUAACGUCACUUGCUAUGUCCCUUUGGACGUUUAUGUCUGGUCUUUAUUUGUCUUAAUCCUAUCAAAAAUUUAUCUGCUUAUUCCU